AUGGCGCAGUAUGCCGACAUCAAGGAGUACCGCGAGAAGCUCCGCAAGGCAGACAUCAAUUCCCGCGAGGACUUCUUGCGCCUGGCGAAGCACGCAAGGGUCGCUGACACUGGGGCGCACGCGAAUGCACCCUCCUUGUUCGCCCUCAUUUUCGCGCAGGUGAUGGGCUUCAUCUCCGACAAAUACACGUGCCCGUGCUGCGGCGGGAAUGACUAUGACGUCGUGCACCGCAAGGACAGGAGCGCAUGGGCAUGGCGCUGCCGUGACUGGAGUGGCACAUGUGAUUCGCGCAAGCCUGAGAGCCACAAGUCUAUGACGAAAGGCACCGUCUUCGAAGACGUGCAGUGUAAAUCGUGGAUGGAUUUCUUGGAUGUGAUGACGAUGUGGCUGUUCGACUACCCCAAACUGAUCAUGGGGGGAGAGUCUGGGCGCCACCACUGCGUGAUCGAUGUGGGUUUCUACGCGAAAUCCGGCGCCAGGGUCCGAGCGGUAGCCAAGGCGGCCGCCGUUCGGAGGAACGCCGGUGUCGGCCUCCGCAAGAAGAGCGAAAUCAAGAACUACAAGAUCGUCGUCCAAGUGGAUGAAGCGCACCUGAACAAGCGGAAGCCUGGUCGACUCGUGCGAGCGGCGCGCCCCCAGAAAGAUCAGGUGUGGGCGUGGGGUGCAACUGCCCAGGGCCGCCCUGAUGUCUGGCUCUUCCGAGUCCUCGACCACCCCCUGGACGCCUUCAACGGCAUGCCGCGGGGGCGCGACGAGAUGCUGACGAACAUGCACCUUCUCGGCCUCAAGAAGGGCACUGUGCUGGUCAGCGACUCCUGGGGCGCCACGAUCUCGGCCGUGAAGGAGUUCAAGAAGCUCAAGCGCUGGACGGUGAAGGACCUGCGCCGCGAGCUCGUCGUGCACUCUGCAGGCGAAAUUGUAAACCCGAACGGGUUCACAACCAACGGCAUCGAGGCCGUGUGGUCCGUGGUCAAUCGCUGGGUUCGCCGCCGCUGCGGCGGUCGAAUGCCGAGUCACUCGGACCGCGAACAGUGGCGCGCGCUGCUGGCGGAGCUGCAGUGGCGCAAGAUGAACGCGCACAAGACGUUGGAUUGGGGAAAUACGUACUUCGUGCCGUUUGCCGCCCUUGCCGCCGCCUGCAAACCGCUCGAGUGA